AUGGCCCAACAGAAUAUAAACGACCUUACAAAACUUUUCGGAUUCGGUAAAGAGGGGAGACGUCCUGGGGAUCCGUUGAUUGUGACGGAGGAUACAACGUCAUGGGAGAUUUACAAUCAUAAAGCAGCCGAGGUUGAUAGAGAGAUGAUAAAGGACUGGAACAACAGCCUCAAUACAUUGUUGAUAUUCACGGCGCUAUAUUCUGCAGUAUUGACGGCAUUCAUCAUCGAGAGUAUGAAGCUUCUACACGAAGACCCUACGGAGACGACACGGAAUAUCCUCAUCAUCAUCUCCAAGCAGCUCUCGAACAACUCGCUUCCCGCCUUUGAGCCUAUCGCUUAUCAAACUCCCCAAUACGCAGUUGUCGUAAACGCCCUCUUCUUCACGAGCUUAUCGUGUGCCCUCAUUGCGGCUCUAUCGGCAGUGUUGGCACUCCAAUGGGUUGCCAAUUAUGACAUGGGACUCAACACAUCGUCGGCUCGCAAACGGGCACUUCAGCGACAUGUCCGGUUUCGAGGGGUCGAGAAGUGGAGAAUGGCAGAAUUCAUAGCAUCUCUUCCACUUCUCAUCUUCAUGGCGCUAUUUCUGUUUUUUAUUGGGAUAGCGGACUGGCUCUGGCACAUGAACCGAGCGAUCUCAGGGAUUGUGAUCGGAGGUAUUGGGAUAGGGUGCCUUCUGUAUACAGUCACGAAUCUGAUUAGUAUCACUAACGUAGUUGCGCCGUUCCGUACGCCAAUAUCCAAGGAGCUCCCUGUGAUGAUGAGACAAGUCCUAGCAUGGUUUCAGAAGAUCAUUAUCAUCCUCUUAUCAACAUGGCAUGGGCUUAAUGGUCCAGAACAAGAUGCCGACCAUACGACGGAACCACAGCUAACGUUCAAUAAGCGUGAAGAGAACACGUUCGAAGGCAAGGAUGCCAUUGCAAUCGAUGGAAUUUUAUGGCUUGCAAACAACAUCGAGAUAUCGCCACCUGCGACUAGUUCGUUUAUCGCCCUCCUCAAAGAUCUUUCUGAAGUACCAGCAUUGACAUUGAUGGAUGAGGAGAAAUUGAAGGAUGCACCUUGGGAUACGAUCUUCGAAAUGCUGUGUUCUCCAUAUAUUGGAAAGAAAGAAUACGGUGUGGAUGAGUUGGAAAGGGCGAAGUGGAUAUGCAAAGGAAUGGCCAUCAUGACUCCAUACCUCGAAUCACCCUUAUUUCGAAGAUUCCUCGGGGGAUUACUCGAGUUGAACGACCGAUCACUAACUAGCAUGGCCUAUUUUGCAUACUCCAAGCUUCCGGGAAAUCGCAGAUCAAUAGGAAUAGAUACAGCAUUCGAGCACACAAGUGGAGUCGUCUCACAAAUUGGAUACAACUACCUUUAUUUCAUGCUAUUGGACGCUAAGGAAGUGUCGUCGAGUUCGUCGAUGCCACACCGUACUCGCCUUGUCAAAUCCAUGGCCAAUGCAUGGGCCGUUCCUUCGACCGCUAUCCGGAAUGGAUCACCCUCGGAUGUUAUUCCGGUGGAUCUCAUAGAUCUUAUCCUCAAUUUUGUGAUCCCACGCGUAGAAGUGGAUACAUUUGAAGCUCGUUACCUUGCAGCAACGCAACCGUUCGGUCGUCGAUGGAGUGAUGCGAUCCAUUCACUCCUCCGAAUGAUGGCACAGCAACUCAUUGCCCAAAUAUCCUACAAAUUCGACUCCUCUUCUGGUUACACGAAAGAAUUGGAACUACUUUCAUUCAUUAUGGAAUCAAGGCGAGAGGAUCUAAUCGAAGAGAAGGAUGAUUUUGUAUGGGUCCUUGUUGACAAAUCUCCAGAAGCCCAUGGAUAUGAUAGAUUCUUAUCAAUAGGUGACGAUCUUUGCAGGGGUAUGUAUUGUAAAGCUUUUACAUCGGCGUGGGUCGAUUUGGUUUUAGCAUUGGAUGACUUUGUGACCCGACUACCUCCAUCCUCAUUCCACUUCUACUCCAAAACCGUCCAUUUCAUCAAAUACUUCAUUAAAUACCCGACUCCUUUCGACCGCUCCAAUUCUCGUACAUUGGCGCAGGUUCGAGACUCAUGUCUCGCGUGGAUCAUCUCGUGGCGUUGUCCCUCAGAUGUCCAAUUUCAAGGUCUGAUUCACCCUGAAUUUGGUAACUGGAACGAUACCAUUGAACGCGAAGUCAACAAUCUAUUUAAAAUGGACUUACUAGAAUUGGAUGAUGAUGUCAAGUCAGACGCCCGGAUCAGCUUCCACUAG